GCGAACAACGGGAACUCGACUGACGUGGGAAGGAAGGCAUGGUAAAGGAAAGAAGGCAGGAGAGAAAGCUAUGGAGUCAUGGCUUUUCACUCUCGUUUUCGCUCCUUCCUUACUCUUCUUGACGGCUCAAAGUGCAUAGAUAGGGACCCUGUACCCCUCAUCAGCACACUGUGACCGCACACUGCGCCAUGCUCACCUUUGUGGUUUUGGUGCUCUUUCUAGCGUCUUUGACGGGGCUGGGUGCCGAAGUGCUGAAGAGGCCAUUGAUGCGUUGGAUUGAAGCUCAGCCCUGGAAGGGGCGCAUGAUCCCUCUCCAGAGGCAAACCAUGCACAACUUUGGCUUCAGCAAGGCCUGUACCGCGGAUGAACACCUAGUCGUGGACUCCUAUGCCUUCUUGAUCAUGAUUUGCUCCCACCACUGUGUGAUGAGCAUCUUCUUGGCCCCUGUGGUCUUUCUUGGUUGGGAGGGAGCGGGCUCGAUUGGGCAGCUCUUCUUCUAUCUUGGUGCUGUAGGAGAUCUGGCGUUUUCCGUCUAUGACUCGAUCCAAAUUGCUUUGAGGACCUUCGCCUCGAAAAGCACCAGCAAGUUCCUGGGAGCACGACUACCUGUGAAGUACUUUGUCUCCAUGGUUUGCUUGCACCAUUCACUCUCCAUGCUCCUUACCCUGCCAAUGAUCAUUCACUACCCUUCCAUGAAAGCCUUGCAUCUCAUCAUGUCCUCCUUGCUCUUCGCAGGUGGCACUUGCUACCUGCUGGGAUGCUACAAGUUCACUCUGGACACCAAGAACUCAAGCGAUUUCCUACGAUAUAAGGCUGUGGUGGUUGUUCAACUGCUGAUCAUCUGGUUGACCCGCGGAUACAUUUGGAUCUCUCAAGCCUACGCAGCGAUGAGGUUCUUUUACCAGCAGGGUGAUGUGGUCUUCUUUUGUGGUGCGAUGACAGGUGGCCUUUUGAUGAGCCUCUUCAAUCUGUUGAUGUUGGUGGAUGCCACCAAGGCCGCAUUGAAAUGGUUGCCGCGACCCCUCAAGCAGCACAAGACACGCGAUGUGACCCAUCUUAGCUGUGAUGAAUCCGUUCCAUUGAAGCAAGGCCUUCACAAAAGGUUGCAGGGCUUGAACAGGGCCGCAGUGGCCCAGUGAGAAUCACGAGGUGUUGAGGUGGGGUGCACAAGGUCGCUAUGAAUGCAGUGAAUUCAGUUUGUGUGCAUAUGGCCAAGACAUUGAAGUUGUUCGACAGCGUGGCUGUAGGGCUUCUUGUCACACCGCCACACUGCACAACACCUUUUUGAUUUGAUCUCGCGCCAUCCUGGAAGCGAUCGGGCUUUCUCGACACAAGACAUGAAACUCGCACCAGAACCUACCGACGAUUCGAGCAACUGCUCGCUCGCUGGGUGAUUUGAUUGCGCUCGCCAAGGGGCGACCGCAAAGUUGAUUUGUCGUCCAUGAAUCAACCAAUCCCCAGCGAUGAAUCCGCCAAACAUGGCCCAUCCUUUGUACAGAUCCUGUUUGGCCCAUCCGGCUUUGUACAGAUCCUGAGUCCGCGCGCGAUAGACGGGACGGGGGUUUUGAAAAAAAAGAAGGGAGAGACGCGAGAGAUUUGCUGGUUUGUUGGAAUUCUCAC